UCCCUAACUGCAGGGUUAUAUCAGACCAGGAAAGCAGUUGCAAGCGGUUGGACUCACGGUUCAUCUCCCGUGCGCAGGAACAAACACCAGAGAGAGGCAGUUUGGCCCUGACAGGAGCAGGCGUUGGCGAGAUUCCUGCUGCCUCGCCUGAACGGGGCAUGUGCCCCUGCCUGUGCUGCCUGCUUCUCCAGAGACCAGCGAGGGGCUCGGAGGGGUGAUCGGGACAGGCAGCGGCUGUGUGUGGGGGAAGGAGCAGUGGUCGUUGGGGGUUUCAUGGGACACAGAGGUGAACGAUGGGCUCUUCUCUUCCCCAGGUGUACAAGGGCUUGGACAUCAUCACGAACAAGGUUUCUCCCCAGGAGCAGCGUCUGUGCAGACACCACAUGAUCAGCUUUGUGGAUCCCCUUGUCUCUAACUACACGGUGGUGGAUUUCAGAGACAAAGCUGUGGCUCUGAUUGAAGAUAUCUUUGCCCGAGACAAGAUCCCGAUUGUUGUGGGAGGAACCAACUACUACAUCGAGUCCCUGCUCUGGAAGGUCCUUAUCAACACAAAGGAGAAGGCCAGCACAGCCCCCGGGCUGGUCACUGACAGGAAGGUGGAGCUGGAGCAGCUGGACGGCAUUGAGCUCCAUCGCCGCCUGAGCCAGGUGGACCCAGAGAUGGCGGCCAAGCUGCACCCCCAUGAUAAGCGCAAAGUGGCCAGGAGCCUCCAAGUGUUUGAAGAGACGGGGAUCCCCCAUAGUGAAUUCUUGCACCAGCAGCAGGAGGAGGAAGGUGGGGGGCCCUUAGGUGGGCCCCUGAAAUACCCACAUUCCUGCAUCCUGUGGCUCCAUGCAGACCAGGCAGCUCUGGACCAGCGGCUGGAGAAGCGGGUGGAUGACAUGCUGGCUGCGGGACUGCUGGAGGAGCUGCGGGACUUCCACCGACGCUACAACCGAGAGAAGGUGGCUGAGAACCGGCAGGAUUACCAGCACGGCAUCUUCCAGUCCAUCGGCUUCAAGGAGUUCCAUGAAUACCUCAUCAGUGAGGGGAAUUGCUCGCCUGAGACCAGUGCCCUGCUGCUGCAAAAAGGGAUCCAGGCCCUGAAACAGGUGACCAAGAGAUAUGCCCGGAGGCAGAACAAAUGGGUCCGAAACCGCUUCCUGAGACGUGUGCUUCAGAUCAGCCCUGUCGGGAGCUUGUUUGUGGUUACAGCAAUAAAAAGCAGCACCUGCUGGAGACUGGCACGCGGCAGCCUUGAUGGCUUUGUCCGAGUGGGGCUGUGUGCCCGAUGUCUGCGGGGAGGUCCUGGGCCCAAUGUGCCCCCGGUGUAUGGCUUGGAGGUGUCUGAUCUCUUGCGGUGGGAGGAGGAUGUGCUGAAACCUGCUCUGGAGAUUGUGGAGAGCUUCAUCCAGGGACGCGAGCCCCCAGCAGAGCCUGUGAAGAUGGAGUACGAUGUAAAUGAGAACAAACGGAGUCAUCGCGUGUGUGAGCUCUGCGACAGAGUCAUCAUUGGGGACAGGGAGUGGGCAGCUCACACACGAUCCAAAUCCCACCUGCACCAUCUGAAGAAGAGAAGGAAGCUGGAGGCCGCCAGCCGUGUUGCAGAGACUGAGGGGGACAGUGGGGGCCCAGAAACCUUGGGCAAGGACAGCAUCUUGCCUUUGCCGUAGGCCUGCAAACCAGCUGGCGAAGGGGAGCAGCCGCGCUUCCACCUGUACGGCGAGGAAGCGACUUAGUCCUGGGUGGCCUUGAACUGAACGAGCUGAGUCAUUUUUUUCAGGAUGAGGCAGGUGUGUAAGUGACGGCCAAAGGCCGUCGGCUGCAUCAGAUCUUCUUCAUGUGGCCUCAUCGCGCUGUGUUCCCAUGCUUCCCCAGCCCUGCCUGGAAAGGGCUGGGCCCUGGGGCAAGGCUGCUAGGAGCAUCCUCCCAUGCCAAGCGUUAAUUCCUGCCAGAGACGCAGCAUUAUCCUUGGAAUGGUUGAGCUGAUCCUGCUGGCAUGCAAUCGUGUCGUUCUCAGAGACAGAAAUACCCUGCACUCCUCCAGCUUGGCCAGGAGUGCAGCUCUGGAGCUGAGUGAGCUCUUACUGCCUUUAUUGUGGAGAGGAUUUUUUUUUUCUUUUAUAUGGAAAUAAAGCUGCAAGAUUCUUGCGGGUUCCCCUCCCUAUUAACAAGCGCAGUUUUCUUGCUCUCUGUUUCCACCUGGCCCAGGUUCCCUGCUCUGGGCACAGGGCAGGAGGUCCAGGCCUGGUUCCUUCUUCCAGUCACCUUUCCUGCAGCUUCUGAGGGAGCUGAGCAGAUGUUCUCAGCUUGGUGGAGGCAGGCUGAUCCCUAUGCACAUAGCAGGUGCAGAAGGAGCUGGCACCUGUUAAACAGGAACUUGGAAAUGAUCUCAUCAAGUUUGCAACAGAUGAGCCUGUCCUAGUUAAAGCUGAAUUCCCGGGGGUUUACACUGUGGUUUGGCAGUGGGAACCAGCCCCGCAUUUGAAUCCGAGUUGCUGAGCAGCAAAUUCCUUGUGCCACGUCCGCGAG